CAAGGUAAGUCUGACUACGACACUGCUGAGUGCACUUUCCUGAUUAAGACAACCAGCGGCAAGGAACUGCUGACAAAAUGAGAAACCUUUCAUCCUCCCCAGAGAAAAAUAAUAUGGAAGCAGAUUCUUUUAGACAAAGAAAAAAGAGGGAUAUGUUGACAUCAGCAUCAUCUGAAACCAUGAAUGCAUUUCCUGAAGGUCCUCCGGUUCUAGAUUACAGGGAGCCAGAACCCCCUCCUAAGAAUCAAAAGUACAAGGCCAGCUUAAGAACCCUCAUCCCAUUCCGUUUUGGUUCAGACUCACACCCAUUUGAUGAUGCUGGUUUCUUCUCCUUCACAUCAUUUGCUUGGAUGACACCCAUGAUGUGGAAGCUCUUUAAGAAUCAGUUAGAUGAGAACUCUCUUUCUAUCUCCCCUCAUGAUGGGGCCCACGUCAAUGGAGAGAGGUUUCAGAGACUGUGGGAAGAGGAGGUUGCCCGCGUGGGCAUAGAAAAGGCAUCUCUCGCUGCCGUGGUGAUGCGUUUUCAGAGGACAAGAUUAAUAGUGUCAUUUUUGGCCUCCCUCAUAUUUGCUUUUGCUGUAUUUGUUGGUCCGUCUAUUCUAGUGUAUGAAAUCCUGAACUACGCAGAGGAACCAGGUUCAUCCACACAGCUGCAUGGUGUGGGUCUGUGUGUGGCCCUGUUCAUCUCAGAGUUCAGCAAGGCAUUUUUUGCAUCACUCCUGUGGGCCGUGAACUUACGUACUGCUAUCAGAGUGAAGGGAGCAUUCUCCAUGCUUGCUUUCAAGAAAAUCAUCUCUCUCAGGACACUCACCAGCAUCAGUGUAGGAGAGACGAUAAACGUGUUGACGAGUGAUGGGUAUCGAUUGUUUGAGGCGGUCAUGUAUGGAACAUUUCUGCUCUGCGUUCCUAUGCUGCUGCUCAUAUGUAUCAUAUAUGCCUGCGUUAUUCUGGGAUACACAGCACUUGUUGGAAUUGUGGUCUACCUGGUCUUCAUACCUAUACAGUUCUCAGUUGCUAGACUGAUUAGUCUGUUUAGAAGGCAGGCCGUAUCUGUGACAGACAAACGUGUUCGCACAAUGAAUGAGGUUCUGACCUGCAUCAAGCUCAUUAAGAUGUACGCGUGGGAGGAAUCCUUUGAGAAAACAAUCACAGAUAUCAGGAAAAAUGAAAAGUCACUGUUACAGAAGGCAGGUUAUGUUCAAAGUUUAAACUCUUCCUUAACAACGAUAGUUCCCACACUAGCAACCAUCCUCACCUUCAUUGUGCACACAGCACUGAAACUGCCUCUUGAACCUUCUACUGCCUACACUAUCAUAGCUGUAUUUAACUGCAUGAGGAUGUCUAUGGGUUUGUUGCCAUUCUCUGUUAAAGCUGUGGCUGAGGCUAAAGUGGCUCUUGCUAGACUGAAGAAACUUCUCUUGGUACAGAGCCCAGACAGUUAUCUUACCCAGAAUAAGAAUAUGGAUUCAGCGCUGGUCAUGGAAAAGGCCUCAUUUGCCUGGAGCAAAGAUGACUCUCAUAGUGCCACACACACGUCAGACAACAAACCAGCACUAAGAAACAUCAACUUUACUCUUCCAAAGGGAAAUCUGCUUGGGGUGUGUGGUAAUGUUGGAAGUGGAAAAACCUCACUGAUAUCAAGUAUUCUAGAGCAGAUGCAUCUUCUGAGUGGGUCUGUGUCAGCUAAUGGAACAUUGGCUUAUGUUUCCCAGCAAGCCUGGAUAUUCCACGGGACUGUAAGGGACAAUAUCUUAAUGGGAGAACCAUUUGAUCAAACCAGAUAUGACAGAGUUAUUCACACCUGCUCCCUGAAACCUGACCUGGCAAUACUUCCUUAUGGAGAUCAGACAGAGAUCGGAGAGCGAGGUAUAAACCUUUCAGGUGGUCAGAAGCAGAGGGUUAGUUUAGCCAGGGCAGUGUAUUCCAAUAGAGACAUCCUCCUUUUGGAUGAUCCCCUGUCUGCUGUCGAUGCCCACGUUGGGAAGCACAUAUUUGAAGAAUGCAUCAAGAAAGAGCUGAAGGGCAAAUCAGUCAUUCUGGUUACUCAUCAGCUGCAGUAUUUAGAGUUUUGUGAUGAGGUGUUGCUGUUGGAGGAUGGGGAGAUACAGGAGGCAGGGACUCACAGUGAUUUGAUGACAACUAAAGGCCGCUAUGCUCAGCUCAUUAGCAACAUUCAACUGGAACAGAACAAUGAAAAGACAGAGGACAAUUCCACAGAGCAUAGUGAACUCAAUGACACUAAACAGACCGAUCCAGAUGAUCCCAAAGUCAACGGAAUCGAUAACCCAGCUUUUGAUAUGUCUGAUGAAAAACAGAAAACAAAGGAUUUAUCCAAAGACUCUACAGAAACAAAAGGGAGGGAGGAUCAAUUAGUAACCCGAGAAGUGUCCCUUGAAGGUUCAGUUACAUGGAGAACUUACCAUCAAUAUUGCAAAUCUGCUGGAGGGUAUUUACUAUUGUUAGUUGUUGUGCUGCUCUUCACUCUUCUCGUGGGGUCCACUGCUUUCAGCAAUUGGUGGCUCAGUUACUGGUUAGACCAGGGAUCAGGGCUGAACAGUUCUAAUUCAUCAAACAAUGGUAAUAUCUCAGAGAAUCCAGACCUGCCAUUCUAUCAAAUGAUUUAUGGCAUUAUUAUUGUUGCCAUGGUAGUAAUGAGUGUUGCCAAGGGCUACUCCUUCACUAAAGUCACUCUUCAUGCCUCUUCCAAACUCCAUGACACUAUGUUCAAACGGAUCCUUGGUAGCCCAAUGAGUUUUUUUGACACAACUCCAACCGGCCGCAUGGUGAACCGCUUCAGUAAAGACCAAGACGAGGUUGAUGCAGUUUUGCCGUUUAACAUGGAGAACUUCUUGCAGUUCUGUUUGAUCGUCACUUUCACCCUCCUCACCGUCUGCAUAGUAUUCCCAUACCUCCUGAUCGCCGUGGCAGUUCUCGCAGUCAUCUUUGGCACAAUCCUAUAUAUUUUCCAGAGGAGCAUUCGACAGAUGAAGAGGAUGGAGAAUGUGAGUCGCUCUCCCUGGAUCUCUCUCACCACCUCCACCAUACAGGGAAUCAGCACCAUCCAUGCCUAUGACAAAAGACAACAGUACAUAGAACAGUUUAAGAUUCUGAGUGACACCAACUCAAACCAUUUCCUGUUGUUUAAUUGCGGGACUCGCUGGCUCUCAUUUUGGUUAGACUUCCUGUCGGCUACUGUUACACUAAUGGUGGCACUGUUCGUAGUGCUCAGCCCCAAUGACACCAUAAAACCUUCUCUGAAGGGCCUGGCCUUGUCUUACACAAUUCAGUUGACUGGAAUACUUCAGUUUGUGGUGAGAUUAUCCACUGAGGUGGAGGCAAAGUUUACCAGUGUAGAGAGACUGGUGGAGUACAUUACGAGUUGUGUAUCAGAGGGUCCUCGGAGUGUCAAAGAUGUUCACCUUCCCGCUGGCUGGCCACAGGAGGGCACUAUAACCUUUAAAAAAUACAGCAUGAGAUACAGAGAGAACACACACAUAGUCCUCAAUAAACUCAACAUAAGUAUUCAACCACGGGAAAAACUUGGCAUCGUGGGACGCACAGGCUCUGGAAAGUCCUCUCUGGGUGUUGCAUUGUUCCGCUUGGCAGAGCCAGCUGAGGGCGCUAUUUUGAUAGAUGAUGUGGACAUCAGCAAAUUGGGGCUGAAAGAUCUUCGCUGCCAACUCUCUGUCAUACCACAGGAUCCGGUACUUUUCAUCGGCACUGUCAGGUAUAACCUGGACCCUUUUAACAACUACAAAGAUGAGGAGCUCUGGCUUGCUUUGGAAAAAACCUACAUGAAGGACACGAUUGCUAAACUGCCAGAGAAGUUGGACUCCCCAGUAGUGGAGAAUGGAGAGAAUUUCUCUGUUGGAGAAAGGCAGCUCAUGUGCAUGGCCAGAGCUCUGCUGCGCAAUUCAAAAAUCAUUUUGUUGGAUGAGGCGACAGCAUCUAUAGACUCAGAGACUGACAGCAUGAUCCAGCACACCAUCAGAGAUGCUUUCCAGCACUGCACCAUGCUGACAAUUGCCCACAGAAUCAACACUGUAUUAGAGAGUGACAGGAUACUUGUCAUGGACCAGGGCAAGGCAGUUGAAUUUGAUCGGCCACAGGACCUGAUGCAGAGGCCGAACUCUUUAUUUGCAUCACUUCUAGAAGCGGCCAAUCACGUAAACACGUAAAACACACAAAGAGAUGCUCACACACCCAUAUAGGCUGACAUGUUGUUGCAGAAUUUGAUAGAUUUAUUCUGGAAGUGGUUUACCAAACCUAUAUGUACAUCACAUGACUAUAGACUCUAGAGGAUGUGUGUAGGAAUAGCCCAUUGCAACUCUGCUUUUCAACAAUACAUUUCCACACUGUUCAUGGUUUUGCACAUUUUAAAUGUUAUCUGUGCUUUACAUUAUUACGGUAAUUUUUGUAAGAUUCAGAGGUUUCUGCACAUUUUUGUUAAUUUGACAUUAUCUUCAUAUGCGGUUUCUCUAUCUAUGAAGCUCUACUUCUAGACACAAGCUUUAAAUGUUCAUUUAUUUCUCAUAUUUUCAUCAAAUGUAUAUAUUUAAAAUAUUUAUUUGAUUUUAUGUGUAUUUGAAUACAAAGUAUAUGUUAAAUGAAAUGAUGAUUUUUACUAAAAGAAAAAUAAAUACACGAAUUAA